CCCCACCCGCCCCUGGAGGGCGGGACUUGGCUGCACCCACGUGUGGUGGAGUUAUAUGCUCCGAGCCCCGCAGAGAAGCUGGGAGUGCAGCACUGAGCCAGAUCGGUUAGAGCAGCGGCACGAUGGCUGGCAAGAAAGUCUGCAUUGUAGGCUCCGGCAACUGGGGCUCCGCUAUCGCCAAGAUUGUGGGUGGCAAUGCGGCCCAGCUGUCACACUUUGACCCACGGGUGACCAUGUGGGUGUUUGAGGAAGACAUCGGGGGGAAAAAGCUGACAGAGAUCAUCAACACACAGCAUGAGAAUGUCAAAUACCUGCCAGGGCACAAGUUGCCCCCCAACGUGGUGGCUGUCCCAGAUGUGGUCCAGGCUGCAGCCGGUGCUGACAUCCUGAUCUUUGUGGUGCCCCAUCAGUUCAUCGGCAAGAUUUGUGAUCAACUCAAGGGCCACCUGAAGGCAAACGCCAUUGGUGUAUCUCUUAUUAAGGGGGUAGACGAGGGCCCUAAAGGGCUGAAGCUCAUCUCUGAAGUGAUUGGGGAGCACCUUGGCAUCCCCAUGAGUGUGCUGAUGGGGGCCAACAUUGCCAGCGAGGUGGCUGAUGAGAAGUUCUGUGAGACAACCAUUGGCUGCAAGGACCAGGCCCAAGGAGAGCUUCUGAAAAAGCUGAUGCAGACACCCAAUUUCCGCAUCACAGUGGUGCCAGAGGUGGAUACAGUAGAGAUUUGUGGGGCCUUAAAGAAUAUAGUGGCCGUGGGAGCUGGCUUCUGUGACGGGCUGGGCUUUGGUGACAACACCAAGGCAGCGGUGAUCCGGCUGGGGCUCAUGGAGAUGGUCGCCUUUGCCAAGCUCUUCUGCAGUGGCCCUGUGUCCUCUGCCACCUUCUUGGAGAGCUGUGGUAUCGGUGACCUCAUCACCACCUGCUACGGAGGGAGGAACCGAAAGGUGGCCGAGGCCUUCGUCCGCACAGGAAAGCCCAUUGAGCAGCUGGAGAAAGAGAUGCUGAAUGGGCAGAAGCUGCAGGGGCCCCCGACAGCCCGGGAGCUACACAGCAUCCUCCAACACAAGGGCAUGGUGGACAAGUUUCCUCUAUUCAUGGCUGUGUACAAGAUAUGCUAUGAGAACCAUCCAGUGGGUGAAUUCAUCUGUUGCCUGCAGAAUCAUCCAGAACAUUUGUGAGCGGAGCUGGGGCCAGGCCAGGCAGCUUCUUUACCCCAGUGGAGAUAGUCAGAAGCUUGGAGUACCUGGCCACCAGGAUCUCUGGGACUCUCCAUGGAGCAGCCUCUUCUGGGGGACAGGAGGCUGUGGGGCCCAACUACCUGCCUGGAGAUCCUGAACCAUCAAGCAGCCCAUAGCCUCUUGCCACCGCAUCUCGCCAGAAAUGGAGUUGCCUUGUCCCUCUCCAGAUGCGGGGUUUUCUCCUUGUCCUCUGAAAGGGGUAGAAUCACACCCCAGUCCUGUCUGCUUUGGGUGUGUGUGUUGAGGGGAGGGUGAAGGGAGAGGGAGGCAAGGGCUGCCCACUGCUGCCUCUCACACACCAGAAGUCCUGUCCCCAAGCCCAGUUAAAUGGCUAAAGAAGUACCUCAGCCACAAGAGGAAUGAGGUAAGGGCUGCCAAGGAGGGGUCUGGGCUUUUGAGCCGACACAGGCCCCAGGGACCCCUUUGCUCUGACCUCUGCCAAGCCCCACACAGCAUCAAUGGAUCUCAGUGUUUGUUAACAAAAUACAAAGCUCUCAACCCCC